UUCCAGGCUCUUUUUGGACGGCCACGCGAGUUUUUCCCACGUACAUUGCGAGAACGGGUUUCGGCCCGGCCAUUCAUUCGAUAAGAGUGCCCGGCUUAAAUCCUC